CCGGUUGAGUUUUGUUAGAUAUAUAUUUUUUUAGCGCCGGGGUUUUUCAAAAGGAUUUAUUUCCAGAGGAUUUAAAAAACAAAAAAUUCUUAAUCGGUGUAUACGCAAUGUGCUGAUUUUGUGUAAUUCAUAUCGGAAAGGUAUUAAAUAAGCUGUCCUAGUUCAACCCGGAUUAAAGACUAUAUAGAUUGUUAGUUUCAUUAUUCAACAUGACCUACUAUAUGCCAACAGCGUUCAGUGUGAGGUCAUCGGGUCACGGAGAACCAGUUUGAUACAUUAUUUCCAAUUAGCUUUAUCACUGGACCUUAAUCAUGGUCAUCGCUGGUUAAUGGACACCUAGAGGUGACAUUGAAUUGAAGAGUUCUCGGUGGCUCAGUGUUUCUUGGACAGUGGACUAACGAGACCGGUCACCAUGACUAAAUUGAGGUGUGAUCUAAACUUUUGGUUCCAAGCCCUGGUCGUUGUGUUAUGCCUGGCUGUAAUCACUGGCCAGGCUUUUAGCCCAAGUGAUGCCAAAGCAGUUCUGAAAUUACACAAUGAAUUUAGGCGUCUGGAGUCAGCGGCGGAUAUGUACCGGUUGUACUGGAAUAUUAGUCUUCAGCAGCGGGCCGACAGCUGGGCCCACAAGUGCCUGUUCAAGCACGAGCACAACCUUGACCUCGGGGAGAACCUCUACUUCGACACGGACCACGAGAACGACGUGUACCUGAGGGGCAUGAAAACGUGGCACGACGAGAAGUCCAUCUGGUCACACUCCAACUCCGGCUGCAAGGGGGCGUGCCAUUUCUCGCAGAUGAUCUGGUCCUACACGACGACAGUCGGCUGUUCGGCACACUUGUGUCAGAACCUGAACGUCGCCGGCAGGAUUGUCAAGGACGCCAUGUUGUUUGUCUGCUACUACUACCCGAGGGGAAACUUCAUAGGCUAUUAUCCAUAUGCUAAAGGGCAGCCUUGCUCAGAAUGUGCUUCAGGAGACACUUGUUCUGACAAUUUGUGUGUUUCUUCUGGACCAGAAUCCAAGCGAGCACCCGAUUUGAUCAAAGAGUUGAUGCCCUUGAAGCCUCUCUCUCUGACUACUGACAUUUCUUCACUUGAAGCUUUCAAAUCUCUGGGUCCGGAUUUCUCAUCGCAGACAUCACACAGCUACCACUCGCAGACGUAUCACCACAAAUCGUCGUCCACGUCCUUCUCUCAAACGUCCCGCAGUACUGAGGAGGGCGGGGUCAAGACCGAGACGCAUCACAUUUCGCAUUCUCGGCACAGGCAAGAGCACGCCGUUCAGAGAGAGCGUCAGUGGAUUCACCCAAAAAAGGAACCAGCAGCCACGGAAAUCAGGCAACCGGAAGCAGAGCGAGACGAAAACCGUGCUGAAGACGCAGAGCGUCAGAAAGUGUUGGCUCAACGUAGAGACGAGGAAAGACGCCACAAAGAAGAGUUACGUCGAAGAGAGGAGCUGCGCCACAGGGAGGAGCUGCGCCACAGGGAGGAGCUACGCCACAAGGAGGAGCUGCGCCAUAAAGAGGAACAGCGACAAAAAGAAUUACUACGCCAAAAAGAUGAAAUACGCCAGAAAGAAGAAUUGCGCCACAGAGAGGAGAUACUACACCGAGUCUCGGGACCUAACCACGAACAGGAAAGGGCCAUGUCGAUUAUAACAUCGCAGACGAAUGCGUCCGACGUUCUUGGAGUGAUCACCACGAGGGAACAAGAGAUGUCUCUGAGAGAGCUAAACAACCAGCGGCACCACAGCGGAACCAGCGUCAGCGAGAUCAAGAAGCACCACCGGCCGCGGAAGGAGGAGGAAACGGCAAGGGAGACCGACGUCAGAGUUGACUACGUCAGCAACGGCCGAGAAGCUAGAGGGAACAGAUACAACACGCAGCGAGACGACGUCACGUGUGCUGACAGAAACAGCGAAUGUUACAGAUGGGCAACCAAAUGCUACAGAAGCGCCGUGGUAACGCUGUCUUGUCCUUUGACCUGCAGCAAGUGCGGCAAAAAUCUAACCAAUGUCAAGGCUGAAAAGAUUGCCAAAAGCAGUUACCUGAAAGCCAAGAAGCGCCACAACCCACAGAUGUAUCACAAGCCAGUGAAAAACAAGAAGCGGCAGAAGAACGAAGCACAGGAGAUGAGACUCAACGGGAAACGAAACGGAGAAAGGCCGUCCAGAGACCAGCCCAAUGAUGGACAUUCUGCACGAGACAGAGACGACCGGAGGAGAACCUCUACUGAGCAGUGGGAGCACGCUUUGGGCGUGGCGCCAAUGGAGCUGAGAUCCCCAGUGGAAGAGGGACGCAUUAACCCCCAGAUCUCAAGGCCUCACUCGGAGGAGACAUCUACCCGAAGGACAAUAGAUAGGGCCGCAAACAGAAGACGCCCGCAGCACACACAGGCUCGUGCACAGAUGUGUCGAGAUAACCCUGUCCACGUGACAAGCUGCAAGUACUGGACCAAGAAAGGUUUCUGUCAAGAGAACAUUCUCAUUAAAACAAUCUACUGCCGAUAUUCAUGCGCAUCUUGUGGAUAACACCUUGUUCUAAUCUAUUCUCAGACUGACACAUCUAGCGACGGAUUUUUUUUCUCUAGAGCAUUAUCAAUGACCAUUAGCCUAUAGGUAGUGAUUGGCAUCACAGACAUGAAUAAAUAUCAAGACUUAAAAUUCUGGUCAUAAAAGACAUGAACACAUAUCCAGACUUUCUUGGAGAUCAUUUGUCAUUUGAAUAGAUCAACAGUAUUAAUUAAAAACGAUAUUUACGGAUGAAAUACAUUGUUUCUCUAAGUGAUUUUUUUUUUGAAGAAAUAUGUGCUGAUUGUAAACAGCAAUUAAGAAAUAGUCUAGACUAGUUUCCUACUACUUCAUUAGAAUUUCUCAAAAGAAUUUAUAAAAAAAAAAAAAGUACCACUGUAAAUGUAUUUGAAACUCUUAGAACUUGAUUUAAAGUUAAUUCAUUGUACACAGACUUUGUAUUUUAUAAAGAAUUAUCAGCUGCAUAACAGAAUUAUUUGUGUGUGUGUGUAAAUUUGUUUCGUUGUUUAUUUGAUAUUGUGUUGAAUUUUGAAUACAUUGAAUAUGAAUCUCGAGAAGUUGCCGUUAAGUCACUUCUCAUCAGUGAAUAAGAAUAGAAUAAAUUGUAGAUGUCAAGAUUUGAGAAGUGCAUUGGGUUGUUUGGAUCAUGUAUAAUACCAUUUGUUCUUGUUAAUGAGUUCUUGCAGCAUCGAUAACAGAAUUGAUAUUUUGCCCAAGGUUAAAGCUUUAAAUUUUGUGUUAAGUUGCGAAGUAGUCAAUAUGGGGCGGAGUUACAGAUCUGAAGUUUAUAUUUUUUUAGAGACCAAUCUUUAAUUACAUCGAAUUCCUAGCCAUAAGAUUUCUGCAAAUGCUGUUUUCUUGAAUCUCUUUAUUGUGUGUGUGUGUAUGUGUGCGCGCAUGCGUGUGUGUCUAUUUUAUUUUUCAUUUGAGAUGUGGUCUAUAUUUUACAAUUAAGAAAAAGUAUGUUAAAUAUCAUAUCAUAUAGGCUAAACAAUUAUUUAUAACAAAUGGAUUGCCAUGGAAGGGAAACAUCAAUACACUAAAUGUUAAAUUGAAGGAUUUUUAUUUAAGCGAUUAGAUUUUAGAAAAAAUAAAUAGGACUAUCUAUGAUUAAUUUUUUUUUUUUUUAAAUCUACAAGCGGUCUUAUAAAUUUCCACAGUACUCUUAUUUUUUAAACUGGAAUCUAUCAUUGUGCCCUGGUCAAUGACAAUAAAAUCUUGUUUUGUUUUGUCCCUAUCUCAUAAUAUGGGAAUGUGUGUUUUUAUGAAAGAAAAUAUAAGACCCUGAUAGUCUGCGUUAUUUCAAAGUGUAUUCAAUGACGCCCUGUACUGACUGAUAGCCACUCUUUGCCAGAUUGGCUCUAUGCUUUUCAAGUGUAAUGAAAGUUGAAAGAUGGUUUGUAUUUGAACAUAGGGCUUUAAAGCUUUAACAUACUUGAAAAUGUAAAUUGGUUAUCUACAUAUAUAUAUAUAUAUAUAUAAUACAUUUAUUUUAUCACUAUGUAAAUGUGUCUAAAUGUUUAUGAACAUCGAAAAAAAAAAAGCUAAUAGUUAGAUGGAAAUUGUAAACAUAGUAUUUUUUACAUUAAUACCACAUAAGAAAUGUCACUUAGGGAUAAACAGAAAGUAAAAAAAAAAAUUAAAAAAUCACAGUUAGUCAUUUGUAAUAGAUAGUUGUUUUCUCGUCGAAAUUUUGAAGUACAACUUUUUAAUUCUUAGUUUGUUUUUGUUGUUAUUUUUUUAACUAGAGUGCAUAAUAUUCUGGCCUGUCAUGACUACCUACCGUUUUUUUUUUUUAUUAAUUAUUCAAAUCUUUUAGCAUUUUAUAAGUAUAGGGUUUAGAUCUAUAUCUUGUCUAAUAUGUAUCCUUAUAGCCAUUGACACUAAAGAUUCUGGAGUCUUUAUUUGACUAAAAUAACAACAAACAAACAAAAACGACUCUUUAUCUGGACAUUAAGCUUUAUAAUUUGGACAAAUACCUAUUUAUUGAACUAGCUCUAGACCUUAACUCAUCCAAAUUAAAAUCAUACGGCAAUCUGCAAUGAAUGCCAGUAUUUUUACAAGAUUACUUAUCUAUUUGUAUUUUUUUUCCAGACGCUGUAUACUUUCAUUUCUUCAUAAAAAUUGUUAUUGUUCUUCUAAAAAUUAAAUAAAAGGGAGAUAAUUUAAAACUACAUAGGCUAAAUAGAUUUACUUCAUGGGGAAUUUUAACUAGUCCUACCCUUUUGCGAUACCGGUUGUUACCAACUUUUAAAAAGCAAAAUGGUUAUAUAUUCUUGCCAUUGUGGUUUGCUGUCUAGGUAUUGUCAUCACACCCAGCUGAUUUGAACAUGUUUCUUAUGAAGUUUUUUUUUUUUUUUUGCAUCUAGUUAUGAAUGAGUAUUGCCAUAAACACUAAAUUGUAAAUAUAAAUAUAUAUGUAUAAUAAUAUCCUAAUAUAUUGAUAUAUAAAGUGUCCUCUGGAAACAUAUCUAGAGUUCAUUGUGAACAUAGAUUAUAUGUAACUGUCUUUAACUGUAUCAAUGGGAGAUUUCUCAGAGAGAAGAAAGUGUGUAGAGAUUAUCUAAAGACAAUGGUGGCAUCACAGACCUAUAUAUAUUUCUAUGUCGUUGAGUGGCAUAAAAUAAAUCUAAAAAUAUCUGUUCCUCUUUUUAUGUUCAUACUCAUAUUUCGAUUAGUGCCAUAAAUUCUUUGGUGAUGUCUUCAUUACCACACACAGCAUGUAGCAUAGCUCCCCAACAUUAGUAUUAAGAAAUUCUUCAAUAUGUUUGUUUUUAGUUUAGUUUACCCUUAAUUAUUAUUGUUAUUAUCCUUGCUUUUCAUUAAAACAUUUACCAUGCUACUCUGGCAUGCUCAGUAUGGUCUGGUCCAAUCUCUUAGUAGACCAAGUAUGUGGUGGGGGAGGUAAGUGAGAGAUUUCCUUCCUGCUAUUUGGCAUUCAUCAAGCACAUAUCAGCAGAAGUCAAACCUUCCUUAUCUACAUGGAGAUUUCAAUAAGCCCUCUCAGGUAGUCUAGCAGUUAAUGCCUCUUAUGUAACAAUCAGAACCUACUUUUAUUUCUCUCCCGACACUCACAUAAAAAACUUUUAAAAAUUUAGCAGCUCUCGCCUCCUUUAUUUCCAAGAUGCCACCUCUGUUUGAUAAGAAGGUAGUUUCCUGUGAGUGAUGACAACAUAACUCUCUGGAGAAGUCUCCUGUCAUGUAAUCAAUUCUACAUUUUUAUUGUUGCACCUUUUUUUUUUUUGUAUUUGGAAAUAUACUGUUGCACUGAUGUUUA